UUCCAAAAGCAAUAUUUUCAUUCGCUUCUAGGCUUUACAAUCUAUUUCACAGUUGAGUAAGGACAAAACAAUGGAUUUAUUAUUUAGUUCGUUGAUCUAAGACCACAGUGCAAGCCAGAUCAUCUUACGAUUUCGUAGGAAAACAAACAAAGCUUCGAAGGUCGUUUUCAAACCUUCGUUUGUGUGCCACUACCAUCCCGGAAGAGGGAGGAGAUUACAAACACACAAUUUAAGCGUCAGUUUAUCCGGGUUUGGGCCACCUCCGAGAAAAAAAUCGCUCUUUUACAAUGAAUUUCCAGGGAUACGGUGCACCGGCUGCGGGCGGGUAUCCAGGUGGAUUCCCUGGACAGCAGCAGGACCCUCUGUAUGGAUACUUCGCUGCCAUCGCUGGUCAAGAUGGCCAGGUAUCUGCAGAGGAACUUCAGGCUUGUUUGACUCAGGCCAACUUCUCUGGUGGCUACAGACCUUUCAACAUUGAGACAUGUAGACUGAUGAUCAGCAUGCUUGAUAGAGAUAUGUCUUGCUCAAUGGGUUUCAAUGAGUUUAAGGAGCUGUGGGCAGUGCUCAGUGGCUGGAAGCAGCACUUCAUGAGCAUCGACAGGGACAGGAGUGGCACAGUUGACCCACAGGAAAUGAGCCAAGCUGUUUCCUCUAUGGGGUACAGGCUGAGUCCCCAGGCCAUGAACUGCAUAAUUAAGCGUUACAGCUCUAAUGGGAAGAUCUCAUUUGAUGAUUAUGUUGCUUGCUGUGUCAAACUGAGGAGCUUGACUGAUCUGUUCAGAAAGAGGGACCAGGCUCAACAGGGAAUGGCGACAUUUCAAUAUGAUGAUUUCAUCCAGUGCACCAUGAGCAUCUGAGAGAAGCCUCUGGGUUCAUGCAAAGAUCCACAAAUAGAAAAAUGUAUACUUUAGUUUUCAUUUUUAUAACUUUUAUAAAAAUUGACUUACAUGGAAAUGCCUUUCUGUCAUACUUUGACAAUGUUGUAGUACUUAUGCAAUAUAAAACAUACAUUUAAACAAUAUUGUUUAAUAUAGCGCAUAUUUCAACACUAUUGCAUUAUUCAUAAGACUAAGUACGCAAUGCCUCCAUACCAAUAAAAUUUAUAGACUAACCAC